AUGAACAAUCAGUCCGAACAGCUGAGACGAGAACUGAGAGCCAAAAGGCUCAGUGAAGCACAAGUGUCAGUGUUGGCACAAGGACACAACUUUGCUGUUGCGCCCAAAAAAAUUUCAACUGAGGAAAUCAUCAGUCGGAUCGAGGAGAAUGGCAAUGAGAUCCAGAGGCAGUUGUCCGACAUCUUUCACAAGGCUACAUCCACUAGUGACAAUAUCACCAGGGUGGAACCUCUUGCAGUGCGUAGUCUAAAGGAGCAUAAUGAUAUCAUUAUUCUGCCGACGGACAAAGGCAAUACGACGGUGGUUAUGGAUGAGGACGACUACUCCGGAAAGCUCAGUGCAAUGUUUGGUGAUUCCAGAAUUUACACUAAACUCAAGAAGGAUCCGACUCGUAUAAUUGAGGGAAAAACUGCUGAUCUCCUGAAGAAGGCUGGUCUCUCGGCCGAUCUGACGCAAGUACUCAUUCUUAAAUAA